AUGCAUACGCCCUCAGGAAGAUUCCAACCGUCGACGCGCCUUUGCCUUUCUAUCUCCGACUUUCACCCAAAGAGUUUUAACCCCGCCUGGGAAGUCUCGACCAUUCUUAUUGGCCUCCUCAGUUUUAUGACAAGCGAGGAGAUGACAACAGGUUCCAUCUCGGGAACUGAGGCGGAGAGGAAACUACUAGCGGCUAAGUCUCGCUGGUGGAACUCUACCGGCGGCGGAUCGCACCUUAAGGCCAAUCCUGCCCUCAAGGGCAACGUGAAGGCGGGCGAUGGCGGGGCCAAGUUCCGCGCCGAGUGGUCAGAAGUGGAUAAAGAGAAUGGCGAGUGGAUGAAGAAGAACAACGUAGACCAAUCUACAGGAAGGGUCGUUCCCCAGCCGGGCGCCUCUUGCGCCCCCAGCUGGGCAUUCCUGCCAGCAGUGGUCACCAAACCCAGGCAGUUGUCGAUGCCGUGGUCCACCGCCGAGAUGCUGGCUCAAGCUGGGCUAGCAGGCACAGGCUUCUCCUCUUUGGCGGAGUGA